AUGGUGGGACGUGGCUACCCAGAGCUGCACCGGGAGGAGGGGUCGAGCCCAGGUGGGGAUGGAGCGGGUCGGGUCGACGGGAAACGUCUGCCCGGGCUUUGUGGGCUGAGAUGGUGGCGCAAGUCGGAUCCGCUGCUAGGAGAACAUGGCGGGGGAGUGAGAGGAGCAGCCAACAGCGCCCGGUGUUGUUACCCGAGCGGGGCACGCCCCCUUCCGCCCCCGCGCCAAUCGCCGUACAGGGACGGCGCGAGCCCCACGCCCCCUCGCCGGGCGCCGCCAGUCUCGGCGAAACGGCGGCCCCGCUGGCCCCGCCCCGGCCAAUCAGAAGCGACACAAACACUUGGGGCCACGCCCGCUUCCGCAGGCCGCCCAAUCCGGGUGGGCACAAACAGCGGGCGCGCCCCGGUCCCCGAGCCGCGGCCCCGCAGUGCGAAGCGAGCGGACGGGACGGGCGGGCCGCCCUGCGAGAGCCGCUGGCCAAUCGGGCGGCAAACAAACAGCCGCGGCCGCGCCCCCGCGCGCCUCGCAGCCAAUCGAGGGGGACGUAAACAGGCGGCGGCGCGCCCCCUGGUGGGCGGCGACGCGCUGGCGGGUAGGCCCGCGUCGCCCGCCAUGGAGGUGCCGUCGCUGCGGCCCGCGGCGGCCGCCGGGCUCCCGGCCGCGGCGGAGGGCCCCAGCCGCGAGGCGGAGGGGCGGGGCCUGGACCGGGACGAGCGGAGCCUGGAGGCGCUGAGCCUGGCCGCCGGCGGCGGCGGGGCGGCGGCGGGGCGGCAGCUGCCGGAGGGGCGGCGGGCGACGCUGGCGAGCGCCCUGGAGCUGGAGGGGACGGUGCUGCGCGAGGGGCGGCUCACCCAGUUCGUGGCCAACAACUUGGAGCGGCGGAUCCGGCUGAGCGGGGCCCCGCGGAGCGAGCCGCCGGCGGCGGCGGCGGGGGGCGGCGGGUCUAUCCCCGCCAUCGACCCCGGGGCGCUGCAGGACGUGGUGGCCCUGGCCGGGCAGGUGGCGGCGCAGGUGGACGAGCUGCUGCGCAACGUGCACUGCGGCCUGCAGGCCCUGACGGCGCUCAGCGUCGGCUGCAUCCAGACCUACCGCGACGGGGUGGAGAGCCUGGGCGAGGCGGCCGACCUCAGCAUCCGCGCCAUGUACGCGCUGGUGGCGCGCUGCGAGGAGCUGGACCGCGCCAUGCAGCCCGUGCCCGCCCUGGCCAAGCGCAUCCGCGACAUGAAGGGCACCCUGGAGCGGCUGGAGGGGCUCUGCAAGUAGUGCCGCCCCGGCGCUCCUCUCGCUGCCGCCGGGAUGCCGAACGAGGAGCCGCCGGGGCUGGAAAACCGGGGCUCCGCCGCCGACCUUGCUGGCGGGGCUCGGCCGUUCCGACGGGCCCCGGCCCGCCCUGCCAGGCCUCCCGCCGCCCUCCCCCGCCAGCCCCGCCAGCGGGCCCGCACACGGCUUCCCCCGCUCUCGGCCCGUACAUCCUGCCGCUCCCCCCAGCCCCGGCCGUGACCGCCCGGCGGUGUGCCCAGUGCACCUGGAGGAAGCCAAGUGUUUGCAGCCGGUGGGGGAAAAGGCCCCGGUUGACACCGCGGGGUAAAUGGCAAACGGUGCUUUAUAGCUUCAGCUCCAUUAAAGAAUUCGGAUUCCACAUGCCUUACGCUUUCCAUUUAUUGAGGGCUAGGAAACACUAACCUAUCUUAAUUAAAAGCAGCUGUUAAUUUUUUUUUUAACCAAAUUUGAAAUUGUCGUGAAUACUCGCUUGAUGCUUACAGGCGUACGUGCUCAUUCGUAGCUGACUUAGUGCCUGAAGAGUAGUUCAUGCUGUGGCUGUUGCAGCACAUAAACACACAGAACACUGCUGUCUCUUACAGGACACUGGUUUAGGAGAUGAUUAAGAGGAAAUUUAAUAUAAAGAUCCUUGCUUUCCGAGAAGAAUAUAAAAUCCAUGGGAUAGAGUUGAGAUUCAGAUCUAGGAACAAGUCUAUAAGCAGUUCUAAAUAAAAGCUUUCAGAUAAAAUAUGCUUUGCCUCUAUUAGUCUCUACAGUUCUCACAGUGCAGGAGUUUAAAUGGCAUCACUAUGAAAUGAUCCUGUGAUUUUGUUUGGGUUGUUUUUUCAAUUGGGAAAAUACCUAUUUAAUUAGACAAGGAACAUAAAUACAUGAUGACAUUACAUGGGUGUAUGACUGACAUAAAAUAGGUACUUGGGAGAAUUUAUUUGUAUGACUUGAAGCUUUUGUAAAUGCAUCACCGUAUGCAGAAGUGAUUUUGCUGUAUCAGUAAGUGUGUCCUCUGAGGCCUGAGAGUAGCCAAAUUCUCUGCUCAGUGUGGUUCCUAUGCAACUAGCCUCUUAGAUGACGCUCUUAGCAAUCCGUUUAUGUCCCAAAUGUCCUUGUAACAAGAUUUCAGUAGAGAAAUGAUCACUGUGAUCUUAUGUAUGUGUAAUGGUGCUUUUGGUGACCGGUGGCUCCUAAAAACCUUGGAGAAAAGGUAAACAGAAAUACUACACAAGUCCUGUAGCUUUCGGUUGAAGAGCAGAUAGGUUUAUGAUGGGUGCAGCUGCUCCCCCACCACAGCCUCAGUAUAAACACCGACUGUGGGGCAGAUGCAGUGAUAUGCUGUGCCUCUGCGUGUAGACAAAACUGAAUUGUAACAAAAUAAUUCAUUUUUAUGCCACCCUGGUUUGCGUAAUACCUGUCUCUGGCUUAUUCUGGGCUUCUCACCAUGGCCUUGUCUUCCCCUCAGCACAGGGAUGUAUUUCGUGUGUGGCCUUUCAGCCCUAGCGAUGGGGGAAGGCUGGAAGUGGGCAGUGCCAAGGUCAGGCUCUUUGCGGUCACAGCUCUUGUGGUACUGCUUUCUGGGGAAUGGCUGUGGCUCCAGAAAGUUUUACCAGAGGAUUAACAGAGGUUAGCAGAGAGAAAAAGAAGAACCUAACUGCCCCUGCCCAUGGGCCUAGAAGACACUGAAGAUUUCUUAACACCACAGCAACAGCUGCGUUCUUGGUAGUUUUGGGGUGUUACACUUGGGAAAGUUUGAACUUGUCUGUCAUGGAGCUGAAGUAGUUUUUUUGUUGCUAAGUGUGUUUUGUAUAUAUGUCAAAAGUGAAAACCAAAGUUUUAUCUUGCUUAACUUGUAUUGUUGAAAUGUACAGGAAAGAACUGCAAGCUUAUUUGUAUAGCCACAUAUGUACAGCUAGGAUUUAUUCAUACAUGCUAAGGUGAAGCCUUUAAAGCAUACACAUUUCAGUACGCUAUUGGUUUUCAGUAGCGUUUCAUUUGCAGUCACCUACAUUCAAUGCUAAUUCCCUGCUAAAAUUGUCAAGUUUGUAGAAUAAAAUGAUUACUUUUAUGUUUUUAAUUGUUA